CUCUGCCUCUCGUAUCCCACGCCUUUUAUUUCUCUCUUCCAUUUUCUCAAUUACGUACUUUGCGACCAAAGACCAAAAGGAAAAAAAACCCCAGAAGAAGAAUACACAUACACCCAUAUAUAUAUAUAUAUAUGCCAGAAUGGGCUCAACAUCACCGGAAGUUCGCAAAGCUCUUGAGAUUGCCCGCGAUAGCGCAGACGGUCAUAUUGAACCAAAAACCAACGAGGUGCUCGAAACAGCCAUUGCCGAUUUAAGACGCAAACUUGAAGCUCAACCGGACAGUUAUGUGCUCUCAGGUGACGAGUUUGCUCUAUUCAAUUUCUACCGACGGUCCAAAUUCAACGACUCGCCAGUCGCCCAGAAAAUCGCUCAAAAAGCCACAGAACGGUUUUGGAACAAUUAUCGUCAAACCUCGAAAACAUAACCUAUUGGAUACUUAUAUGGAUAAUGGUUUAAAUUUUUCUCAGGCUUAUGAUGGUUUUUCUUUUCUCUUUCCUUUUUUUUUUUUUCGUUCACUCUCUUUUUUCCUUUACGGAACCGCACGCCCCAACUUUCUCCGCCGCGCUGCAAAACAAUCCGACUAGCCUUGUGUACUGUAGCGGCGUGCGAAUUCUGAAAUGUACGGGCUGUGGAAAAAAGAAAAGGAGGACUAUAUGUGCUAUCCAAGGAGAUUCAACUCGGAAAACAUACCAGCCAUUCAGUGGUGUUCUCAUGUCGGGGGGCUGUCAACGACGCACAGAAAACACAUAUAAGAAUAUCAACAUAAUGUUGACUGUUAGUUACCUGCCACAUCAACCACCGCCAUCGCACCUGAAAGGAGAACGGAGAGGGCGAAGGGAAAGAAAGAGGAGAGAAAAAAAAAAAAAAAAAAAAAAAAA